CACGCUUACUGUACGUAAACGCACGCGUGUCUGCUGCUCUGACUACUGCAGCAGGGCCAAACGUAAAUUUUGUUUCUUGCGCCCCGCGAGAAAAGACAUCACCGACUUUUACUUGCAUUUAUCCCCGGCGACAUGUCGCUUAUCCGCACUCUGUGGCAGUGCACUUUUAGUCCGCGACUUUACAAAUUCUACGAAGUUUCAUGGGUAGGGCGUCUCAUCGACGUGGGUAUAGCCCCUUCAAACCUAAUAUGGCCCGUAGUUCUUUCUUCUAGAACUUGGGCUGUUAUUUUACUUUUUGUGACAGCAUGGUCUCUGACUAUUUAUGCCAUUCCACUGAUUGUAAUAGCAAUAUUUCGAAGAGGUACACCUUUAGCAGAUGCCUAUACAAUAUCACAGUUUCUGACAGGAGCUGGCAUUGUGCUGGCAACAUCUUUGAUGGCUCGAGGAUAUUCUCGGGCAAAGAAUCCAACUUAUUUGAAAUUUAUGAAAGUAUUAGAUGAUGCUCGAUCUCACCAUACAUCAGAAACCAAACAAGAACUUGGUAAAUAUGACUUUGAAUUUUGGGCAUGGCCAGUCGAUUUUAAUAUUACAACGCUUGAAAAAGUUGGGCUCAAACCGAAAUUAACAUUGCAAACUGUGGAUUCAACUAAUAGAACGAACAGUACAAGAAGCAGAGAUUCAAUCCUGGCUGUACCUUGCAAAAUUUUGUCUUAUGGAGUAGCACAUACAGUGGCAUUAAGGCUGAUAUAUCCCGGAAGUGUUUCCUUAGUUAGUUGGGCAAUGCGUGGAAUACUUAUGCAAGGUAGGGUUGACCUUGUAAAAAUUGGAGCAGAAAGAUUCAAAUUAUCAACCUCUGAUAAAAAUGAAAUAGAUACAAUAUUCUUGGAUCGAAGACACAAAACUUCAAAUGGAGCCACUUUAGUCAUAACUUGUGAAGGUAAUUUUGGAUUCUAUGAAGUUGGAAUUAUUACUACACCACUCAACAAAGGAUACUCUGUACUAGGAUGGAAUCAUCCAGGUUUUGGAGGAAGUACGGGAGCUCCAUAUCCUGAUCAAGAGGAAAAUGCUAUUGACUGUGUUAUGAAAUUCGCCAUUCAUAGACUAGGGUUUGCUGAAAAUCGUAUUAUUUUGAAUGGUUGGAGUAUUGGUGGAUAUACAGCUUCAUGGGCUGCAAUGAAUUACCCCUCAAUUCAUAGUUUACUUCUGGAUGCAACAUUUGAUGAUAUCUUGCCACUAGCAUUAGCUCGAAUGCCUAUAUCAAUAGAACCUUUAGUAAGAAGUGUUAUUAGGAAUCAUUUUAAUUUAAAUGUUGCUGCUCAGCUAAAUAAGUAUGAUGGUCGUGUUUUAAUUGUCAGAAGAAUAGAUGAUGAAAUGAUUUGUGUACCUGAUAAUAGUUUGGCUGGUAAUAGAGGCAAUAAAUUGUUGGAAAAAUUAUUGGUAAAACGAUAUCCAAAUCUAUUCGCUAAUUCAACAGACUCGUUCACUAUUUUAUCAAAUUUCCUUGCUGUUCCAACAUUUGGUGCAAGACGACUGAUUAUGGAUGAAAUCGAGUUUGAUCAAGGUCAUUGCAUAGAUUUAAUAGCAGCUGAUAUUGUAGAUAAUAACAACACUGUAAGAUACCCAUCAACUUUAGGGCAAGACUGUGAUUCAAAGACUAAGCAGCAACUUGUAUUAUACUUGGCCUCAGUGUACAUGGAAGAUCAAAAUACACAGCACUGUGCACCUCUUGCUUCUGAACUUUUUCACUCGGGAUGGGAUCCAAUGUCUACACUUAAAAAUAAAUAAUGCAACAUGAACAUCAAUUAAAAACACAUUGUGC